GGUUUCCUUUUCCGGUCUGGCCGCUGAGGAAACUGUAAAAGCUAUGCUGGGGAGGCGGCGCGGAGCUUGAUUCACCUUCACCUGCCCUGGGCACCCGCUGACCCCGGGUUUCCGCCCGGAGAGCAGUCAGAUAUGAACGGACGGGUGGAUUAUUUAGUCACGGAGGAAGAGAUCAACCUGACGAGAGGACCCUCGGGGCUGGGCUUCAACAUCGUCGGUGGGACAGAUCAACAGUAUGUAUCCAACGACAGUGGCAUCUACGUCAGCCGCAUCAAAGAGGAUGGGGCUGCGGCCCAGGAUGGGCGGCUCCAGGAGGGUGAUAAGAUCCUCUCGGUAAAUGGCCAAGAUCUGAAGAACCUGCUGCACCAAGAUGCUGUAGACCUCUUCCGUAAUGCGGGAUGUGCUGUGUCCCUGAGAGUACAGCACAGGUUACCAGUGCAGAACGGACCUAUAGUACAUCGAGGUGAAGGAGAGCCAAGUGGAGUUCCUGUAGCUAUGGUGCUGCUACCAGUGUUUGCCCUCACCAUGGUAGCGGUUUGGGCCUUCGUGAGAUACCGAAAGCAGCUUUGAAAUGCUUGCUGUCUUCCAGGGUGUCCAAUGAACUAUCCCUCUCUCACUACCAUCUCUGACAUCCUCCCAUAUUCUUCCUUCUCCACAUAGCCAAUACAUGAUUUAAAGUGACUGCUUAUCACCCAAAACCCUGCUAUUCAAAAUCUCCAACACUUCAAAUUCUAAUGGAAGAGUACAGGGGCUAUUUGAAGAAAAGCUGUGGGGGUGGUGGUGGGGGGGAAGCCUUGCUUAGAUUGAACGAGAAGUUACAUAUUUUACUAGAACUGCCAAUAAAAAUUCAGCUAUCAUCCAAAGAGGAAAAGCUCGGCCUUCCUGUCUCCGUGGAUGACCCCUUUCUCUUAGCUGGCGUGCUUUGAAAGCUGGCUGUGCUAUGUGAAAGGAGGAGCUGAGUUUUUUUUUUUUUUAAAUCCUUUUUCUUGGGAAGUAUUUGUGGCCUUUAAUUUGUAACUAUAUACCUAGAUGCCUAUAUUGGACAUAGGUGAAUGAAGUUUUUUCUUUCUUUUUUUUACUUAAAAAAGAAAAUACAUGUAUACAGUAAUACACACACACUCAGACACACACACACACACACAAAGUAGCAUAAAAUUGAUGCCUUAUGGAGAAUUAAAGAGGUAAGAAAGCUACUGGUUCUUGGGUUUCUAAUAGACAAUUUUGACUAGGGGGUCAUAUUCCUUCAUAUAUAAUCAAGACUCAUAUUGAAAAAUGAGUUCUGGAUUGUAAAGAGAACUUACUUUUUCCACUUNUCUGUAAGUCUUUGUCCACAAGUUAAAAACAUACACAGUGCUAAGGGAUGAUCAUAACUGAAACAUUUCUUUUUUUUUUAAAAUUAUUUUAUUAGAUAUUUUCUUCAUUUACAUUUCAAAUGCUAUCCUGAAUGUCCCCUAUACCCUCCCCCCCACCCUGCUCCCCAACUGAAACAUUUCAAGAACUGUUAGCAGAGCUUAUAUAUUGAGGAUGGGGAAGUUAGCUUUAAAAGAGAAUGCUCAGUCAGUGGCAUUAGGAAAAUAAUGACUGAAGCAAUUAGUUAAAAAUUGUAGAGCAACUAGUGUUACUUGGUAGCUACCGUGCUGUGGGAGAUUGUAGUAAGGCAGCUCUACUCAAGCCAAUUUGUUCAAAAGGCUUUGGGGUGUAAAGAUGAAUCCUGCCAGUCUUUGAACUACCGUAGUUGCUGCCUUACAGUACUGUUAAAGGAUCCAUUGGCAUGGGAUGGGAAGCAGCAGGGCCAAAUAAACCAUCAAGACAACUGAAAAAAGAUCAUGUCUCAAGGUGGCACUUGAACCCUCAAAGCUGCUUAACAGUUUCCAGUUUCUAGUGUCAGGCAAAAAGCCUAAGGGAAGGAACUGCCUUCCUGGCAGGAUGGACCUGAAAUCAGCCUGCUUCUGACUGAGUUAAGAUGAGAAGGAAUUGGUGUAGGUUUUCUUUUUGAAAAAAAAAAGAAAAAAAGAAAGUAUUUUCCCCCAAAGCUAUAAACACUAGUUUUGGUUUUAAAAAGGCUAAUGGACCAUUUUUUUCAGAAAAGGAGAAGGAAUAAGUUUUGUUUGUUUGUAGAGGGUGCAAGAAAAUUUGGUGAGCAUUUCUGAGGAAAGCCUGAGUACACAGUGUAGAUGAAGAGAUGCCGGAGAUGCAGGGAUAUUGGCGAGGUGGGAGCUGUCCUGUUCAUGUAGCUUCUAAGUUGGUUUUUGAGUACUGAGGAGAGUUGAACCAAGCCUAAUUUUUUUCACUUUAACAAAAUAAUUUCCUUCUUCUCAAUAGAUUGGCCAGACUAUUAUUGUGACAUAAGAUUAUGGAGAGUUUUCCUGAUAACCCAGCAGUCACUUAACAGAUGUUGAUUGAUUGCACAUUAGUUUUGUCAGGACACCUUUAUAAAAAGAGAAAUGCACACUCUUCAUCUAAAAGGACAUUGUGGUUACAGUUAGGAAGGAAACCCUUAAAAUGGAAUUAGUUAUCUAAGUGUAAGUUGUUUAUAUUACAGACAGCAAAAGAAAAUAGCUCCUGAGAUCUGGGCACUGAAGAUUUCAUAGAAGAGGGAAUCAUUAGG